AUGUCCAGUAUAGAAGCCGAGCCGAGUCAGGAGACUUCAUUCUCGUCUUGUGUUGUUGAGAACAAGCCUUAUCAGGAGAUGCACUCCCCUGUUGCUGGCCUAAUCUUCUCUUCCACCCACAAUCUCAUGGUGGAACAAGGAAUUGCUUUCUGGGAAGAAUUUGUGAAGAAGCAGCAAGAAAGACGGAAGACAGAAGCUCUGUAUGAAACUAGCACACUAGAUCACAGCAAUGGAGGACAGAACUUCAUUCAGACAUUGAUCGAUUCGGUUUCAUCUGGACUGUCUACUUCUCUUGAAGAAAGCAGCAAGACAGGUUCAGAUAAAGCUGACGAGAAGAUUCCUUGUGAUCAGUCAGAAUGUUCUCAGCAGGUGCACAAUCAAAAUGAGAGAGGGAAUGGACAAGCUUCACAUGAAGACAAGAACGAGCAAGAAGCUGAGACUGACACUGAGAAAUCAUUUGAAGAGAAGGAGAAUGAGCAAGUGGAUGCUUCUGACGUUCACAAAGAGCGACGCGAAUUACCUCAGCAACGUCAGUCACAAUCUGCAGCUCAAGCCUUCCCCUCACAGGAAGUCGAGCUGAACUGGAAACCAAAUGUCGACAAGGCCCCGCAGACCAUGUCGGAACCGGCAGAAACGACAAUCCAGCAUGCAGAUGCUGGAACUCCCCCUCCUCCCAAGCCCAAGCAAGCGCAGCGGCACAAAAGGCCGUCAGGGUCCAGCAAGGAGGAGAGAAAGGCAAUGCGACACGAGGCGGGGAUAGGAGUGCGUCUGCAGCGAGUGCGAGGAGCCACGGUAGUGGUUGAAGUCGCGCAUGGAGGGCCAGCCCAGAAGACUCUACGACCAGGCGACGUGAUUCUUGCGGUGGACGGGGAGCUGACGGACAGCCUGUCCUUGGAUGCGGUUCUAGCAAAGUUGCGCGGGCCGACAGGGACGUUAGUGCACCUCUCAGUCCUGAGCAAGCACAGAAGCACAAUCCCUCUCCUCGUCCGCGUCUGCAGAGAUCGCCUCCCACCAGCCAAAGCAAGCUCAUCCUCUCGCAAAACUUUUUCGAUUGAGGUGAAGUCACAGAAUGCCGCAGCGAGCAAAGAGAAGAAGGAUGCAGAUAGUUCAGUUGGAGGCACCCAGAGGCUGGAAGCUCCCACGAAUGAGCUUUCUAACUGUAUCAGCAUCGGCAAGCUACAGAAUUGUCUGCUUGCUCGCUUGCUCGAGGGAUCGAUAACUAUCAAGAACAAACAGCAAGAAGCCACAGAGCGAGUCCUCCAGAACAAACAGCAAGAAGCCAUAGAGCCAGUCCUCAAGACCUUCAUCAGCGAGGAGAAGCAGAACAGAAAGCGAUUGAGUAUCACAGCGUCUGGUUUUGACGAAGACGAGUUCGAGCCCAUUGACAUGGAGCAGGAUCAAAAAUUCCUUGAGCUGGCAACCAUGACACGACAUGUAUCCAUACAAUCUCCGACUUGCACGACAGAGCCGAAGGCAGAUCGGAGGGUGGACGAGAAAGGUGCUGGGGCUGACGCACACGGCGCAAGAAUAUCAGGAGGUGAUGGAGGCAAUCGGACAGGCGUCAAGAACGAUGAGGAGAAGAGGAGCACCAAGAAGCGCAAGUCCAUGGAGGUCCCUCGGCCAAAGGAUCACUUGCUUGAACCGCAAAUGAUGAGGCCACAGCACCAGAUGAGAACGAUGGCGAGUGAGGAGAACAAAAGUUUCAGGAACAAUGAGAAGAAAACCAAGAAAAGCAGAAUAGAAGAAUGGGCUGAAAACAACCUGAAGCCUUCCAAAGACAAUGUGAACAAGCAACCUGCUGAUCUGCAUUCAUCUGAACAGACUGCAAGGGAUUAUUUGACUUAUGACUCAUUGCAGCAACGGGCCAAUCAGUAUGUCAGCACUGUCAAACGAUCUCCGUCGGAAGCUCUACAGACCAUUGACAGUCUGUUGUCCUCGAGGUAA